CCACAGAACUGUGAGGCAGUAUUAAACAUAUUCUCAUACACUUAGUUAUUUUUAAAAUCCAGCUCAAAUAGAAAAGCUAAUAUAAGAACACUACAACCUAGACACUUCUUCCAGGACUCCUAAAGGAUGAACAGACUGUUUCUCUCUUCAGACAUCUGUAACCAAAAGAAGAAAUCCCACAGUCUGAGAGGGGUUUGUGAUGCCCCUUCCAGCUCUCAUGAUACAGCUGUUUUCCCAACUUCACAAAGUCUCUCCUGCCCAGCAGAGCCUUGUGAGGGAAUAAAUAAAUAAGUCAGGAGUUAGGACCCAGGGAUACUUAGAGGACGUGACAGCUGCCUGGAAAUCAAUGAAAUGUGCUUUAAGAUGCAUCAGACUGAUGGGAGAUACAGUUUGAAUUCCUCUUACCCAUCUGUUCAGGUACAAGUGUUCCUCUUUUAACUAGGAAUGAUUGUACUCUCUAUUCAAAAUCCUUUCUAGGAAGGGGAUUUAUGAUUUGGGAAAAGGAAAAAGAUUACCUUCCAAAAACUGGAAGAUAUCAUGGUGUUACCAGAUUUUUUUACGGUACUCCUCAUCCUGGCUAUGAACCCCUCAGCUUCGCUGGGGUUCAGUUCAAUAGCAGAAACUGAAGAUGCCCUACUGAGGAACUUAUUCCAAGGGUACCAGAAAUGGGUUCGCCCUGUAUUGAAUGCCAAUGAUACCAUAAAAGUGUAUUUUGGGUUAAAAAUAUCUCAGCUCGUAGAUGUGGAUGAAAAGAAUCAGCUGAUGACAACAAAUGUAUGGCUUAAACAGGAAUGGAUAGAUCAUAAGUUACGCUGGAACCCUGAUGAAUAUGGUGGAAUCAGCUCCAUUAAAGUUCCAUCUGAAUCUCUUUGGCUUCCUGAUAUAGUUCUUUUUGAAAAUGCUGAUGGACGCUUUGAAGGUUCUCUAAUGACCAAGGUCAUAAUAAGACACAAUGGAACCAUUGUUUGGACUCCUCCAUCCAGUUACAAAAGCUCAUGCACAAUGGAUGUGACAUUUUUCCCAUUUGACCGACAGAAUUGUUCAAUGAAGUUUGGUUCCUGGACUUAUGAUGGUACUAUGGUUGACCUUAUUUUAAUUGAUGAAAACGUUGAUAGGAAUGACUUUUUUGAUAAUGGAGAAUGGGAAAUACUCUAUGCCAAAGGCAUGAAAGGAAACAGAAGGGAGGGUUUGUAUUCUUACCCAUACAUUACAUAUUCUUUUGUUCUGAGACGCCUGCCUCUAUUUUAUACCCUUUUUCUCAUCAUCCCUUGUCUUGGAUUGUCUUUUCUGACUGUCCUUGUCUUUUAUUUGCCUUCUGAUGAAGGAGAAAAACUCUCGCUCUCCACAUCAGUUCUAGUUUCUCUGACUGUUUUUCUCCUAGUGAUUGAAGAAAUCAUUCCAUCGUCUUCAAAGGUCAUCCCUCUGAUUGGAGAAUAUCUACUAUUCAUCAUGAUUUUUGUCACCCUGUCCAUCAUUGUCACAGUCUUUGUUAUCAAUGUUCACCACCGCUCUUCUUCCACUUACCAUCCUAUGGCCCCUUGGGUAAAAAGAUUGUUUCUCCAAAAACUACCAAAACUUCUCUGCAUGAAGGGCCCUAUUGAUCGCUACCCAUUCCCAGAUCUAGUAGAAAGCCAGCCAGAAGCUAAAGCAAAAAUGCCCACAAAGAAGAAGCAGAAGCAAAUGAAAGAUGGAGAAAAAGUAUUGGUUGCCUUUUUGGAAAAAGCUGCUGAGUCCAUUAGGUACAUCUCUAGGCAUGUGAAAAAAGAGCAUUUCAUCAAUGAGGUUGUCCAAGACUGGAAGUUUGUGGCUCAAGUCCUUGAUCGUAUCUUUCUUUGGCUAUUUCUCCUAGUAUCAAUAACAGGAUCUGUUCUGAUAUUCACUCCAGCUCUGCAAAUGUGGCUAAACAGUUAUCAUUAGAAAUCAUUUUCCGUGAUAGUUUCAAUAAUGCAUAAGGAUAGAGCUAUCUCUUAGAAUCAAUAUUUAAUUAGCAUAUAUUCAGCAGCAUAAUGAGAAUACUUAUAAAAAUGACCCUGAUCCUAAGCUAAGAUUAAAUUCUUGCCCAGAAGAGAAGCUUCCCAAAUUUGGGCUUACCAAUAAAUGAUUUCAUAUUCUUGGAUCCCCAUUAGACUGAAGUAGGCACAAAAAGGAGGAAACUUCCUCAGGCACCCAGGGAAAGCUAAAACUAAGAUUGAGUGACCAGAACUUUGAUCAAGAAUAGCAAAACUUAGAAGGAACACUAAUAAUACUUUUAGUUUUUCAAUAGCAUAAAAA